GGCAAAUUGAACACGAAAAGGCAAGCAAAAUCAUCAUGCAUUAGUAGUUAGAGACAAGAAAUCAGAGUAAGGCAGCUAGAAGUAUAAUGAAGACAAGGAAGUAAUCAGAUGACGGUUGCUUACCCAAAAAAUCUUUUGCUGUUACAACAUUCAAUAGUUUGCUGCACUCUGAGGCUCACAUCUGACAUGUAGGACACAUCCACUUAAGCCUAAUAUUGUACAGCAUGCUUAUAUCAUCUUUUCUUUUUCUCCACGACACGCACGCUACACCUAAAAUGCUCCUUCUAAUUCCUUCAUUCGCAUCGUGUGCUUGUCAUCUUCAAUCUAUCUACUCACAGUACUAUUUUUGAAGCAACAUCACUCUCUUGUCCUUGAAGACUGUGACCACUGUUAACAUCAUCAAGUAUUAAGCCAACGCCACGACCUUCAAGAAUAUAGGGAACAUCACAUCAUCAUGAUUAUGUGCUGUUCAGCUGCUUUUUCUUCUGGUAGUUCCGCCCGUCGCCUCAAGUUUGGACAACAUCGUGGUAGUGCUGAAAGACCCCAUGAUAUGUGGGUCGCGAGUCUGCGGCAAAGGCGGAUGAUUAUGUGGUCUCUAACAUUAAUCACAUUACAUGUGAUUCUCAGCAUCAUCUAUUUUUAAGGCAAGCAAGAGAGCAUCCCCUCAGAUCGUGACCUUUGGACUGACUCCUUUUCAUCAAGCAGGAAAAGGACUCAGGGAUGACCUGAGAAAUGCGACGCGGUAGCUCUAAUAUUCGGCUGACGGUCUACAGCAGCGCAGGUCGGAAAGUCGAAAACGGUUUCUGAAGCUACUCAAAAAAGGUGGGACGAGGUUUCGGUCGAAGAAUCCAGAGAAAGAACUAGAGAACGAACUUAUACCAGAGGUUCAUGCGCACCACGAAACGACAUCAGGAAUGGGGAUCGCAUCGCUGGCGUCCGAUACUGCAUCAGCAACAACAACUACACCAAUCGCAAGUAGUGACUUUCUCCAACAUGAUGUGGAAGGCAAUGGACUGCUUGAUGUCAAAGAUAGGAAUAGAAGACCAUUUCACGACAACGUCAGCACGGUCACGGCUGCAACGUCGCUCGCUCCCGAACAUGACGGAGAUGGGGAAGAAGAAGCAACAGACCGUGAAGAGACUGUCAGCCAGUCGACCCAAACAAUUGAAAAUGCCUCUAGCGUGUUCGUUUCUAAAAGACCACGACAUCAUAUCUACUCUAGUAGACAACUACACGGUAAUUUGCGGAGUACCAGUACUAUGAUCGCUUCCAGUUCCGAUGGGGAGCAUUAAGGUCGGUAGUUGUCAAAUUUGUUUCAGCCAGUUUGCGAAUUAUUAUUCUUAUAUAUAACUAAGCAUCUCCUUAUUUUUCUCUCAUGACGAGUAGGAAAUAAUUCAUAGUGCUUGUGGUCUAGAAGGGGACAAAGACAUAGCUAAUUAAAUGUGUCACCAUUUUUUUUUGUCAGAAGACGAGUACUGGAAAAAUAGUUGAAACUUGUUAGCUUGCUUGUUCUCUAACAUCAAGAGGCGCAAUCUGUUGCGACGGCGGGUGACGUGCUGAGACAGUGGUGGGAGAUCAUUUUGACAGGUAUUUUUGAUGGAUUCCGAAGAUGGUAUUUUGAUUUUUAUGUACGACAAGUACAAGCAUGGUAUUGUUGAAUGAUGUUAUAAUUUCAACUUGAGGUUAGGUAUAUUUUUGACUCUCAUGGGGAAAUCACACUUUGACUUUUCACCGCGACCUUGCUCUCAUCCCAUAUCUUUUAUGCUGCAGGCACCUCUGCGGUCGCGCGUUUCUUUGGAGAACAUCAGCUUACGUUUUCCAGCACGCCGUCAGCGUCUUCAACGGUUCCACCUCCAGCAGCAGCUGCUACUAAUAAAAAAUGUACCAAUAGCACAACGUCAGACUUAUAUUCGAUGAACGGUAAUCGCGGUUGUGUAGGCGAUGACGCGGUCAGAACUGGUAAUUAUACAACAAGCACGAGCACGACACUAAGAACCACAGACAGAGCUGUCAGGGAGAGCGACGGUGUGACGCUAACAACCUCGAGGAGCAGCGACAUGCAAGCCGGGGCAAAGAGUGUUGUAAAGAGAACUCAUUUUCGUGGGUCCACACCAAAAAGCACGCACAGAACUGCUGUCGUAGGUGCAAGCAGCCUGGAGCAUGAGAAGAUUGCGGGCAGUCCUCGAUCGAGUGGAAGUGCGGCUGUGAGAACGAGGUCGCAGCCCUCUAUUGAUCAUGUUGUGAAGCCCGAUUACGCGACUAGCAAUACGACUCAUUCGAGCAGCAGCACUAGCCGCGCCAUCGUAGUUUCAGACCAUGCAACCUCUACUACUACUGCUAGUACUAGUAGUGAUGUCUCAACAAGGCCUUCUAUAAUCGAUGCUGGAACUACCCGUGGGGAUCGGUUAAACGAAUUUGCUGCAGCUCGGUUAAGCUUUUUGGAGCGUGAGAAGCGUUCGUCCUGCUGUCAAGUGGAACAGGGAGGGGCAAGUUCCAGUGAAGAGUCCGACUCGAGCGACCUUCUCUGUGGCUGUGACCUGGUCACUGACUCUGAAGCUAGUUCGUCUGAAGAUGACGAUGAUAAAGCGAAAGCAACUGAGCCUGCGAAACCCAAGAAAAGGGUGCAUAAGCCGGUUGAAGAUACGGCGAAUGUUAAACUUAAGGACAGUUCGACCACACUCCUCCUAAUACCUACAUUUUGUCUAAUAGAAAUUCUCCGAUUGCAGCACCUCUUAUCGCGUCGUCGAGUGAAGAUCCCUUUAGUAAUGGAAAACUAGCUACAUCAUCAAGUACGAACGUGUCUAUGUGUAUAAAUUAAUAUACUUCGCAAAAUGUAUCUAUACUUAUAUAUAAUGUUUUUCUUUGAGUUUUUCGAUAUUUAUAAGGACUUGUUUUCUUGCUACUGUAUGUAUAUGCUCAUUUCAUGGAAGAAGGAAACUCUACUACUGGGUUCAUGCUCUUGAUGGUAGCUUCGGUGUCCUCUAAUCACUCAAUAGCACAACAGAGUGAAAGUAAAGAGACGCCGAAAGCGGAGGAAGGAGUCCAUGAUCAGGAGGGUCAGAAGGCUAAGCCGGGGAAUAAGAUGGGAAAGGCCUUACAAGCAGUAACUGUCCUAGCGAAAGCAAAGACUCGCAGUAAGCCUAAAAAAAGCCCAGACGGAGAUUGGCCACGACAACUCAACUGCGUGCCCUCAGGGAAGUGCAAGUACUCCGGCGAGGAUCUUGGCAGGCAAUUCUGCAGUAAUGGUUCUCGUUACGGCGACGAGGUGCGGCAAGCCUUGACUCCGGGCGCUACUUGUAGUGAUAUCACUAGUAGCUUUCUAGUGAGGAGCAAGAUAAUGGAAACCGAUCAAGCUACGCACAAAAAGCUUGAGAGUAUGGACGAGGACGGAGAAUGUUGCAUCGAAGAAGGCACGAAAAAACAAUUAAGGCGCAUGGUAACUACAACGCCCCGUUUCCAUUAUAGUGAAGAGGCAAAAGAAGGACGUGCAGCAGGGUCCUCAGAGAGUACAGGAGCUUUACAUGAGCUUUAUACGGACUGUAGUCUCAUGCGUUAGUUGAAAGCAUGCAAUUCCGGUAUUCUGGGGCUGUUCCCUCAAGACCGCUACCAAGUUCAUGAUUUAGGAUAGAUUUUGAAGAGCUGUAGGAAUAGGGUCGUUGAAGUUUUUGACUAGUCUGCUAAAGUUCUAUCUUCUCAAUGAUCUACCUCUAGUAAUUCUAAGUCACGAAAACACGGGGGACGCGACUUCCUCAAAGCAGGCUCAGGAUGUGGAGAAGCAGGAGCAGGAGCAGCAUGAGAAGCAGCAGCGAGCGCAGCAGGAGCGGGAGGAGAGGGAACAGCAACAGCAGGAGGUGCAGCGACAACAGGAGUUGCAGCAGCAGGAGUUGCAGCAGCAGCAGCAGCAGCAGCAGGAGUUGCAGCAGCAGCAGCAGCAGCAACAGGAGCUGCGACGGCAGCAGGAGCUGCAGCGACAGCAGGAGGCGCAGCAGGAGCUGCGACGGCAGCAGGAGGCGCAGCAGGAGAUGCGACGGCGGCAGGAGUUGCUGCAGCAGGAGCAGGAGUUGCAGCAGCAGCAGGAGUUGCAGCAGCAGGAGUUGCAGCAGCAGGAGUUGCAGCAGCAGCAGCAGGAGCUGCGACGGCAGCAGGAGCUGCAGCGACAGCAGGAGGCGCAGCAGGAGCUGCGACGGCAGCAGGAGGCGCAGCAGGAGCUGCGACGGCAGCAGGAGUUGCUGCAGCAGCAGCAGCAGGAGCUGCAGCAGCAGCAGGAGGCGCGGCAGGAGCUGCAGCGACAGCAGGAGUUGCUGCAGCAGCAGCAGGAGCUGCAGCGACAGCAGGAGUUGUUUCAGCAGCAGCAGCAGGAGGCGCAGCAGGAGCGGCAGCGACAGCAGGAGGCACAGCAACAGCAGACAGCCGGUGA